CAGUACAUGCCUCAUAGCUCCAGUCUCAAACCUGCUGGAUGGAGAAAGUAGCUUUUGUGAAAGAGGAGGAAAAGGAGCCCAUUACAAUACAAAAACUAGUAGAGGGCGAGGCUGUUACUGUGAACGAAGAAGAGAAAGACGUUACAGAGAAAGAAGAGGAAGACGCGUUCAGAGUGAAAGAGGUUGACGAAGUUUCAGUGAAAGAAGAGGAGACUGACGAUGAACGAGAGAGACGUGACUAUCGUGGUUCCUCUGGGGAGCCUCAACAACCUCAUGAUGCUGACGAGGCAGAGAAGAGUCUCUCCACGUCAAAACACCAGCAGAGACCCACAGGGAAGAAAUCUCAUUGCUGCUCUGACUGUGGGAAAGGUUACACAUCUUCAUCAGAACUUAAAAUACACCAGAGAACACACACAGGAGAGAAACCUUAUAGCUGUGGUCAAUGUGAGAAUAGUUUGAAUACAUCUUGCUAUCUGACGGUACACCAGAGAACACACACAGGAGAGAAACCUUAUAGCUGUGAUCAAUGUGGGAUGAGUUUUACUACAUCAAGCAAUCUGAUUCGACACCAGAGAACACACACAGGAGAGAAACCAUAUAGCUGUGAUCAAUGUGAGAAUAGUUUUACUACAUCUUGCUAUCUAAAGGUACACCAGAGAACACACACAGGAGAGAAACCUUAUAGCUGCAAUCAAUGUGGGAUGAGUUUUACUACAUCAAGCCAUCUGAUUCGACACCAGAGAACACACUCAGGAGAGAAGCCUUAUAUCUGUGAUCAAUGUGGGAAGAGUUUUCCUACAUCUAGCCAGCUGACUUCACACCAGAGAACACACACAGGAGAGAAACCUUUUAGCUGUGAUCAAUGUGGGAUGAGUUUUACUACAUCAAGCAAUCUGAUUCGACACCAGAGAACACACACAGGAGAGAAAUCUUAUAGCUGUGAUCAAUGUGAGAAUAGUUUUACUACAUCAAGCAAUCUGAUUCGACACCAGAGAACACACACAGGAGAGAAACCUCAUAGCUGUGAUCAAUGUGACAAGAGAUACUCUGAAAAAAGAUAUCUGAUCAAACAUCAGAAAAUACAUGGAGUUGUUUCAUGAUAUCAAUGAAAUAAUGUCACAAUGUAGAAUGUUUUAACAUUGUAGAAGGAGUAUUUUAAUGAUGUCACAAUGUAGAAUGUUUUAACAUUGUAAUAGGAGUAUUUUAAUGAUGUCACAAUGUAGAAUGUUUUAACAUUGUAGUAGGAGUAUUUUAACGAUGUCACAAUGUAGAAUGUUUUAACAUUGUAGUAGGAGAAUUUUAAUGAUGUCACAAUGUAGAAUAUUUUAACAUUGUAGAAGGAGUAUUUUAAUGAUGUUCUACCUUAUCCUUUGCCCUGUUCAAUUGAUUGCAGCAUGAUAUGGAUAUUAGCCUCAGGGGAAAAUCCAGGCUCUAAAUUGAAAGAGUAUUAUUUAACAAAAAGUGACUAACAAAAAAAGAGCUGUGUUACACUUACUGCAUUGGUGACCCACUUUAAUCAAAAUGCAGGACUUCAAAAUGUAGCCAGAUGUUUUCUACAAGUUGAAAAAGCUGCUUGCUUAAAAAAAUACAUGUUAGAUGAUAAUUGUUGCAGAUGUUUGUCUAUAUACACACAUGAAAG